AUGGCUGAAGUUGUUGGUCUCGUCUCCGCCGGAGUCGGCAUCACCGCCUUCGCCCUUCAGAUCUCGAGCGGUAUACGCACCCUACACCAAUUACAAUUGAAACCGGAACAGGCGCAGAAGGAUGUAGCGGUUCUCCUCGAGAGUUUCAGAAUUCUCCACCAAAUUGUAUCCUCGCUGAAGGCUCGUGAGCGAUACCAACCUCUUGACGAUGUCAUCAGUCAUGUACAACGUCGGUAUGAGGAUAUUGAACCAAUUCUUCGAGAUCUUGGUAGAAAAUAUCAAGUGAAAGGAGAGAGACAUCGUCAUCGUUGGAAGCGGGUGAGGUCAAUGCUCGCCGAGGAUGCAAAACACCAAAUGACGAAUUUGCAAGAAAAUAUCAAUCAUAGUAUCAUGAUUCUGCAUUUGUCGCUUACAGCGGCACAACAUGAAGCUGCAAGCAUCCAUUACCUCAAUUCACUAGCCAAGAAAGACCCCAGCUCAUCGCCAGCACAAGAGAAUGACCCCCAUUUUGCAGGGCGUGGGGAAGUCACUGAUGGAUCCAAAAUCUGUUCCAAUGCGGCGAUUGACAGGAGGUCGGAGCCACAGCAAGGAGAUCGCAUCAUGCCAUCUCGAGCAAAGAGGUAUCCACGUGCUUGCGGUGCACGAAAUUAUGACUGCUCUUGCCACCAACCCGGUAUCUCUCGGCGCUUCUUAUCUCUACAAUACACACCGCUCUCAUGCUUCACUAGAAAGACCAGUGACGGGCCUUCAGAUUGCAGGUGUAUUGGCCUACGCUUACGAGUAGCUCUGUCAAUGUACGGCGUCCCGAUAGCCAUAGUUGCUGGAAUCGGAUUCAUGGUUGAUGGGGCGGGAUUUGAGCUUCGACCUACCCUCAGAGCGGAAAUAAUCGUAAAUUACACAUCACCAGGCUUUGAGACCAUAUGGCGUCUCCAGAGAUCUUUGAUCUCACUUGAAGAAGCGCGUGGAAGACUUGUUGAACUACAUCGAUCCGACAGUUCUUUCAGACAUCACAGGGAUCCUGCAGGAAACACCUAUAUUCACACACUAUUGCAUGUGCCGUGGAAGUGGCGCCAAGAAGACCAAUUUGCUUUACUCCAUACGCUCGUCACCGAUUGCGAGAUGACACUGACAGACGAGACUCAAAGUUUCCUCGUUCGGUGUGCAGACUGGAUUGGAGAGGGACGUCACCUUGACCUGCUUGAGGCUAUCUUAUCAUAUGGAUUUGACGCUACCGUCAUCCACGCAUCCUCUUUCGAAAAAUGGCCUGUUCCAUGUUCAACAGACUGGUAUGGUGGUGGACGUACUCCAGAUCCAUUCUUCGUGGAAUAUAUCGGGACCAUCCUGAAAUACAGCCCCAGCUACUCGGGAUCAACAAACCUACAUCAAGUCCUUCUCAGCGGGUCUCUUAAAUCCGCAGCUAAUUGGUUGCACCGAUCACAUCCACUAGAGAGAAAUGUCAACUUCUUGGGACAAACUCCCUUGCACAUCGCGACUACCUGUCCAGAAUUAUGUCAACUCGUAUUAGAAGAGGGACACGACAUGAACUUAAGCGACAAUUACGGAGCGACGGCAUUAAUGUAUGCCGCGGCGAUGGGUCAGACGGAGGUCACAAAGCAACUGAUCUCCAGAGGGGCAAAUCCUGCGCUAGAGGACUCGAGACUCAACUGGAUGUUCCUGGACUACGCCUUCUUUGGCGAUCACUGGGAACUGGCCUUGGAGGCCCUUCUGGCCAUUAAAAAUAAGUUCAGCGAGCAUGUUUUCCAAUUAUACGUUCGACGCGCUAUCAUGAGCGCUCUUGGUCACUCAGGGGGUCUAACAGAGGAGUUCGCUUCUCUAACAAAGUUCAUUGAGCUUUGCGACGACGUGAACUUCACAUUCGAAGAUGACGGUAUCAAAGACAAUAACCUAAUGCACUACGCUCGUAACCUGGAAAUUGCAUCGACGCUUGUCCGAUGUGGGUUCAGCAACUUCAAUCAAAAGAACAAUCAGGGGAAACUAGCAAUCAACUCACUUUCCAAAUACUGCAACGCCCCCCUCAUCCAUUUCUGCCUUGAAAAUGGGACGGAUGUAAGCAAUGUGAGCCAAGAUGGACGAUCUGUCUUUUUUGAUCUCCUUCCACGACUCUCGUCAUUUGACUGGCUGACUUGGGACGUAAUUGACGGUAUCAAGCUUUGCCUAAGCGCAGGAGCAGAUCCAUUUGCUGCAGACAAUUGCAUAUGCCCGUGCUCACCUGACGGCUGUCAUAUAGCCUCAAAGCUUGCUCUCAAAUUCAGUCCUCACUCGUUUCACAGUGGCAUAUCUGACCCAGUGUGGGUUUUUGAGUUCAUUAGUCUCGUUGAGGAAUAUUGCGGCCUUCGAGCCGCAAGAAAGCUGCUUCUAUCCCUACAUCGGCGAGUUCGUUGCGACCAAAUUGACAUCUCCAUAGCCCACGUCUGCUGCCAUAGAGGCCGUGCCAUUGGACGAAUAGGGUUUGAAGAUCGAAGUCUUAAAAGUGAAGACAUUGAGGACAUUCUGGAUGAAGAAAACGAAUUCAUCGAUGUUCUAGAUACAGAAAUGAGAGAACUUGCUUCAUUCACCUUUUCAAAGCUUUUGACUGAAUUCAUCAAUCAUUUGAAAGUAAAAUACGACACCGACCUUGAAGGUGCAGGGAGGGAAAAAGAGAAAGUCAUGGAAGAGUCCAAAUCCAAAUACCACAUAUGCGAGGUUGACUAUAGAGCGGACAGGUACAACGAGACUUUCUUAAUAUACCCCACGGACUUAUCAGAAACCUCAGUCGCACGUUCAAUGGCGGAAUAUGCCUUCUGGCUCCAGCAUGAGUGUUCUAGAACUGAUAAACCAGUUGUUCAUAACUCUAACCAAGCUGACUGGCUCAAGAGACGGAUGUCAUGGUUUCUUGAGUUGAUGACAACAAUGGGAGUAUCAGUGGAGAUACUGGAGAAGAAAAUGAGAAGUAUAUCUGUUAGAGAAACACGUACUGGAGUGAUCAACUGCGAAGAAACAGUCAACGGCUUUUUAGACAUGUUGCAGAAGGCUUCAGUUGAAGAUUAUAGGAUCGAAAGUCUUGGAGGGCAGUGA